GCAACGCGCACGCCCACGGUGUCGCUUCUCGUCCUCGUCCACCAUCGCCUUUCAAAAAGCGAGAGGGGCAUUCCUCGAGAGGAACAACCGUGCCCGGCAGCUCCGCUCCACCCGCCGCCGAGAAUGUCCGACGAGGCCAGGCGCGGGGCCGGGGGCGCCGCGCAGGCGGCGCUCCGGGCCUCCUCCGAGGACCGCAAGCCGGUGGGCGCGGGGUCCCCGCCGCCGGCCGCGGCGGCGGAGGCGGCGCACAAGAUCCAGCUCAAGAGCGCCGACAUGAAGGAGGAGAUGCGGCAGGAGGCCUUCGAAAUCGCCCGCAUCGCGUUCGAGAAGCACACCAUGGAGAAGGACAUCGCGGAGUACAUCAAGAAGGAGUUCGACAAGAACCACGGCCCAACCUGGCACUGCAUCGUCGGCCGUAACUUCGGUUCGUAUGUAACGCAUGAGACAAACUACUUUGUGUACUUCUACAUCGAUUCUAAAGCCGUCUUGCUAUUCAAAUCUGGGUGAUUGGCACUGCGAUCACCCUUGCUUGCCUGCAUCCGGUUACUCUCCUGUAUGUCCCCCUUUUCACUGAGUCGUCUGCAGCCAAGCUGGAAGCAGGUAAGGUGAUAAUCUUGUGAGCCUGCAUGUUGAUGUAUCAGCGACAGAUUUUUCCUCCCUAUUCCAGCAGUGUGAGAUCAGAUUGUGUAUCUGUUUUGCGUCUGAUAUAUCUAGGUGUUGUGAGGACGUUGUCUUAUUGCAAUAUGAUUGCCAGAAACAUUGGACGCACCCCCUCUGAUCUGUUUGUGAUUGUCUUGGAAGCUCUUGCCCAAUGUUUGUGGUUCUUACUGUGGGUUUUAGUGGGUAAUUGUGGCCCAUGUGUGGGGUAUCUAUAUGUGUAUGGGCUGUGUGUAUAAAGACUUACUUCGGAUGCCAGUAGUCCACAUGAUGAUCUAUUUUCAUGUAUUGAGAGGAUUUAAAGCUA